GUCAAUGUUGAGCAGCAUCUUUUUUUAGAAAAUAGAAUUAAAAAAAAAGAUUAAAAAGUGGUGGAGAGAAAGAAGCGUAUAGAUAAUACAUAGUUUGAAAUAUAAAAAAAAGAAUAUUUUAGCGUUAAGACAUUUAAAAAAAUUUAAUUUAAAUGUGAACUUUAUAAUUAAAAAAACUUUUCAAUACAUAAAUAAUUUGUGAAAUUUUUCUUUACAAGAAAACUAUUAAAAACUUAUUAGAAUUUACAUAAAAAAAGUGAAAAAAGUUCUGAAGGUUUUUCGAACAAAAACGAAAAAAAUCUAAUUAGCUCCUGCCUGGAAGUAAUAUGAGUAAUGCUAUUAACCAAAAUGGCACAGGUCUAGAGCAGCAAGUUGCUGGUCUGGACUUGAAUGACGGUAACGCCGAUAGUGGCACAUCCGUUAAUAAAAAUUCUUCUUCAUCCACAACAGCACGUUACAUACCUCCUCAUUUAAGAGGGGGGAAUAACAACGUUAUUAUCAAUUCCAGUACUUUUGAACUCAAUAAAAAUCGUGAUCGAGAUUUUGACAAAGAUCGGGAUUACAAAAACGACAGAGAUUUUCGUAACGAUAGAGAGGCGAGAAAUAAUAGUGAUUAUCAACGGGGUGGGAAUCGGAAAUUUAAUAAUCGCGAUCGUUUAGAUCGCGGCUCUGAUUUUGGAAAUUUUUCUAGGAGAAGAGACGAUAACUAUCAAAAUGGUGAUAAUUAUGAAGGCAGAAGGGGAGGUGAUUGGAAUCGUAGUGAUAUUAAUAACAGUCGCUCUCAAGGUAAUAGAGGAGGAUCGGAAAGACGAGACGAUUACCGUGGAAGAAAUGAUGAAUAUGUACAACCCCGUAAUGAUCGCUGGAUUGAACCAGCAAAUGACAAACGUUCCGAGUCCAGUGCUGGACUGGGUGGAAAAUGGAAAGAACGUACUGAAGUGGAUUAUACUACUUUGGGUCCAAGAGACGAACGUCUUGAACAAGAAUUAUUUGGUACAGCCAAUACUGGUAUCAAUUUUAACAAAUACGAAGAUAUUCCCGUGGAAGCGACGGGUGUACAAGUACCCUCACAUAUUACAUCGUUUGAAGACGUCAAGCUGACAGAAAUAAUACGAAACAAUAUAAAUUUGGCUAGAUAUGAUAAACCGACACCGGUUCAAAAAUAUGCAAUACCCAUAAUAAUUAGCGGCCGUGAUUUGAUGGCUUGUGCACAAACGGGCUCUGGAAAAACAGCAGCAUUUCUUGUACCAAUUUUAAAUCAAAUGUACGAGCAUGGAAUUCCAAAUCCGCCAAAUAAUAGCAGACCCUAUCAUAGAAAAAAGCAAUAUCCUCUUGGUUUAGUUUUGGCACCAACUCGUGAAUUGGCUACACAGAUAUUUGAGGAAGCGAAAAAAUUUUCUUACAGAUCAAGAAUGAAGCCGGCCGUGUUAUAUGGAGGUAACAAUACUGGCGAGCAGAUGAGAGAGCUUGAUCGGGGAUGUCACUUAAUAGUUGCCACGCCUGGUCGUUUGGAGGAUAUGAUAACACGUGGAAAAGUUUGUUUGGAAAAUAUAAGAUUUUUGGUUUUGGAUGAAGCUGACAGAAUGCUUGAUAUGGGUUUUGAGCCACAAAUUCGACGCGUCGUCGAACAGUGUAAUAUGCCUCCAACUGGAGAGCGACAAACUUUGAUGUUUUCAGCUACAUUUCCGAAAGCUAUACAAGAACUUGCUGGCGAUUUUCUUCACAAUUAUAUAUUUUUGGCCGUUGGACGUGUAGGCUCAACAUCUGAGAAUAUUACCCAAACUAUAUUAUGGGUAAACGAACAUGAUAAGCGAUCCUAUUUAUUAGAUCUCUUAUCUUCUCUAAAAGAAGGAAAUCCAGAUUAUUCAAAGGACAGCUUGACAUUAAUUUUUGUUGAAACUAAGAAGGGAGCUGACGCUCUUGAAGAAUUUUUAUAUCAGUGCAAUCAUCCUGUUACAUCAAUUCACGGUGACCGCACACAAAAAGAACGUGAAGAAGCAUUGAGAUGCUUUCGAUCAGGUGAAUGUCCCAUUUUGGUGGCAACAGCAGUUGCUGCUCGAGGCCUAGACAUACCACAUGUUAAACAUGUUAUUAACUUCGAUUUGCCUUCUGAUGUUGAAGAAUAUGUUCAUCGUAUAGGGCGAACUGGUCGAAUGGGAAAUCUUGGAGUUGCAACAAGUUUCUUUAAUGAAAAGAAUCGAAAUAUUUGUGCAGAUUUAAUGGAAUUACUAAUUGAAACAAAGCAGGAAAUACCAAAUUUCCUAGAGGAAAUUAUGGCAUCAGAGCGUUCUCAUGGUGGUGGAAAGAGGUCAAGUAAUCGUGGUGCCAGUUCCCGAUAUGGUGGAAGCGGUUUUGGUUCACGAGAUUAUCGUCAACAGUCCUCCGGUGGAGGUAAUCGCUCUGGUAAUAAUCGACCAAGUGGAAACAGUUCUAAUAUGAGAAGCAACGGCAAUCCAAGUUACGGGGGCAGCGGUGGAGGUUACUAUGGGAAUGGUGGAGGAUCGGGCAAUUAUGGAGGAAGUUACAACAACUCUUACAGUAAUAAUUCAUCUGGACCAGAUUGGUGGGAUAAUUAAGAAAGAAGAGAAAUUAUACAAAUUUAAUGUGACAUGGAAGACUUAAUAUCUGAUAUUUUCACUUAGUUUUUCCAUCUCAGAUCUUUAUAUAAAUAUACAAAAAAAAACGAACAUAAUACAAAAAAAAUGAAAAAAAAAAAGAAAAUGGAAAAGUACUUUUCAAAGAAAAAACAAAGAAUGAUGAGAAAAAAUAUCAAAUUUUUAAAAAUCUGCAUUAACAAAGAAAUUUUGUUUGUUAAUCGACAUUAGCACUAUAAAAGAAUUUGAAUAAACUAAUAAAAAGAAAAUCAAAACAAUUGUUUCCGAAAUUCUAUUCACUUAUUGUAGCCUAUACUCUUGAUACAAAGAGAAGAUUUUAUCAAAUGAAAAAUAUUAAAAAUUGUUUCUCCUUUUUUUUUUUUUGUUACUUUAAUGCAGUAUAAUAUUUAUUAUUUCCUUUAAUUUUUAAUUAUUAAAUAAAAUAGAUAGAAACAA